AUGUCAAUGGGAAACAUUCCUGCACACCUGAUUUGGCGUAACGUUGACCUCCAGCCGCGUCAAUGUAGCUAUGCAGGCUACGAAGUGGCUGCAAUACCCCCCAACAGAGGUUUGAGAUCAGAUUGGUUUGCCUGCAACCCACGUUUCUGUGGCUGUACAGGUGCGCAGGCUCAUGCACACAUUGUGGCCGUCUGGUCGACCAAGGCCAACCGUUUCCGGGGCAAGCCCGGACGUCAAUACUUGAGUAUUCUGGUUUCUCUUGCGAUGACGAAUACGGGACAAUCGAGCUGGGCAUAUUUCAUUUGCCAGUCAAUAGGGCAAUGCAAAAUUGUAGCUGACACGACGCUCGAUGUUAGGGAAGAGGAGGUGGAUAGCUCAGGCAGAUAA